AUGCAGUUAUACAAGACAAAAUUCAUACCACUAGCUGCAAUCUUGACAAUAGUCUUGAUUAAUCUGGGUCUUUACAAGUUUCAUGCUCCAACCAAUCAAACAAUAGAUGAAUUAUGGGUCAAAUACACUUUUAAAUCUGUUGAUCAAUUUAGAAUAUCUCAAAUUUAUAAACCUGAUGAUUUAAGAUUGAAACUUAAAACUAAUGAUGUAUCAACUUUAGAUCAAGGUUUACAAAUAUUGAUUAAAACUUGGGAUGAUCAAGAUGGGUUUAUUCAUAAAAUUAUACCAAAUCAUGAAAAUGAUCAAGUUGUUGAUGAUAUUUUUAUCAAUGAAAUACCUGAAAUUUCAAAAGCUUUCAAAAAAAUGCCUUUAGUCAUUUUACAAAGUGAUCUUAUUAGAUAUUUGAUUCUUUUCGCUAAAGGAGGUGUUUAUUCAGAUAUUGAUACGUCUUUAAAAUCAAAUCUAUCUAAUUGGUUAUCAUAUAACAAUACAAUGAUUCAAGAUCCUUCAAAUAAUAAGAUUGGUCUUACUAUUGGAAUUGAAAGUGAUCGUGAUGAUAAAGCUUGGAUAGUUUAUAUGCCUCGUCGUUUACAAUUUUGUCAAUGGACAUUACAAGCUAAACCUGGACAUCCAUUUUUCAGAGAAUUGAUUUAUAGAAUUGCUGAUUUAUCUUUAAAUCAUUAUGAUGAAACUACUAAAAUUUUAACCAAGAAUGGUAAAAAAUUUGAUUUUAAUGAUGGAAGCUCCACAAAAUAUGAUGGUGUUAUGGAAUGGACAGGUCCUGCAAUGUUUACAGAUACCGUGUUUGAUUAUCUUAAUGAAGUUUACAAAACAACUGAAAAGUUAAACCCUGGGGUGAAUUUCAAACAGGAUAAUAUCAUUAAUAGAAAUCCAUUAAGUCUUCAAAAGAAAAUCAAAUAUGCUAAACCUAAAGAUAAUGGACAUAUGUCAAGCUAUGAUCCAAUCCAUAGACCUAUUGGAUGGCAAAACCUAACAUUAUUGCAAUAUCCAAUCUUGUUUGAUGAAGAUGUUUUAUUAUUACCACCAGCUUAUCUUGCUGAUAAAGAACAUGAUCCAAGGCAAUAUGUUUUCCAUCAUUUCAAAGGAAGUUGGAAGAAUUGA